UUAUCUACGAAUUUGACCGUAUGCUGCAUGAGUAUGAAAUCACCUUUAUUUUAUCAAAGCCGUCUUGAUCGACGCUUGCGGCAAGCGCAGCUAACUUCACGGUGUCAUGAAAGCCACUUUUUGUUCUAGCAAAAUAUGUGAGUGUUUUAGGUUUUAGGAUAUUUUACUUAUAUGCGAUAACUAGUGAUAUUUGUAAGUGAUAAUCGAAAGGACUUAACUAUAAUUUGAAAGCAAUAUGAGUGUCGAAGACGAAGUUAUGAGAAUACAGAAGAAGUUGCAUAAAAUGACGACCGACGAAGAAAGCGGACAAGAGCAAGCAUUGGAUCUCUUGAAGUCAUUGCAAACUCUAAAAAUUGAUUUAGACAUUUUGACAAAAACACGAAUUGGUAUGACCGUUAACGCAUUGAGAAAAUGCAGUAAAGAUGAUGAGGUUAUUAGUUUGUCAAAAACUUUAAUAAAAAAUUGGAAAAAGUUUUUGUCUUGCCCUCCAUCAACAAAAGAUACAACUAGUAGUACUUCUAAACCAAAAGUUAAAGAAGAAAAGAAAUACGAAAAAGAGAAAUCUCAAACAUCUUUCCCACCAACAUCAACAACUACUGAUUCAGUCAGGUUGAAGUGCCGGGAACUCUUGGCUAGUGCUCUUAAAGUAGAUGGAGAAGAUCAUGAAGGUUGUGCAUCAGUUGAGGAAUUAGCUGAAGAAUUAGAAGAAUGUAUUUACAAUGAAUUUAAAAAUACUGAUACAAGAUAUAAAAACAGAAUCCGAUCUCGUGUUUCAAACUUGAAAGAUGUCAAAAAUCCGACACUUCGAACCAAUUUUAUCGCUGGGGUGAUAACUGCUUCAAAACUGGCGAAAAUGACAUCAGAAGAGAUGGCAUCAGAUGAAAUUAAAAAGCUUAGAGAGAAAUUUGUGAAAGAAGCUAUCAAUGAUGCACAAUUGGCGACAGUACAGGGAACAAAAACUGGCUUACUCAAAUGUGGCAAAUGUAAGAAACGUAAUUGCACAUAUAAUCAAGUGCAAACCAGAUCAGCUGAUGAGCCUAUGACAACAUUCGUCCUUUGCAAUGAAUGCGGAAAUAGAUGGAAAUUCUGUUAGAAAGGUUUUAAACGGAUGCCGUUUAUGACCUGCAUAUCUUCGAAAUUUUGUUUUUUAUGGUUACAAUCAGCUAUUCAAAUAUUUUUUGGAUAAGCUUAUAACAAGACUAAAUAUUUCAUAAAUUCGAUCUUUGUGAAAUAAGUGUUUAGAAGUAUAUCUAUAAUUAUGAGCGUAUUUAAUUUUCAA